UACAAACCUUAAAUCUUGACCAUUUCUUCUUGUUUCAACCUCCAACUUAACAAUAAUGUGCAAGAAUUGGGUUGUUUUUACUUUCAUUUUUUUAGUUCUAUUCAGUGAGUUCUCUUCAGCUUCUGCUACCCCUCCUGCUAAAAUUUUAAGUGGGGUUUUAUCCAAUGUGGUUUCUGCUCUAGUAAGUUGGCUAUGGUCACUCAAAUCCACCACUAAAACAGCUGUGUCUAGCCGUUCAAUGAUGAAAUUUGAAGGUGGGUAUUCAGUUGAGACAGUGUUUGAUGGAAGUAAGCUUGGAAUUGAACCUCAUUGUGUUCAUGUUUCUCCAAGUGGAGAGCUUUUCAUUUUGGAUUCUGAGAAUAGUAACAUUUACAAAAUCUCUACUUCAUUGUCUAGAUAUAGCAGACCGAAGCUAAUUGCUGGAUCGCCUGAAGGGUACUCUGGACAUGUAGAUGGGAAGCUAAGAGAAGCAAGAAUGAAUCAUCCGAAAGGCCUUACAGUUGACGACAGAGGAAAUAUAUAUAUUGCAGAUACAUUGAACAUGGCUAUCAGAAAGAUUGGUGAUGGAGGUGUUACAACUAUCGCAGGAGGAAAAUGGUCUCGCGGAGGUGUCCAUGUUGAUGGUCCAAGUGAAGAUGCAAAAUUUUCGAAUGAUUUUGAUGUAGCUUAUGUUGGAAGUAGCUGCUCUCUUCUGGUCAUAGAUAGAGGGAAUCAGGCAAUUCGAGAGAUUCAACUUCACGAAGAUGACUGUAACUAUCAAAAUGAUGGCAGUUUUCAUUUAGGACUAGCAGUACUUCUUGCUGCUGCAUUCUUUGGAUAUAUGUUAGCAUUGCUGCAGCGGAGGAUUCAAACGUUAUUUUCUUCUAAUCAUGAUCCAACAGCUUAUAUGAAUAGAGGUGUGCCAAUGGCACCAUAUCAAAGACCUCCUAAGUUUGUCAGGCCUCCAUUGAUUCCAAACGAAAAUGAAGCCGAAAAAGCAGAUGAAGGCUUGUUUGGUUCGCUCGGGAAGCUUGUGUUUAACACUGGCUCAACUGUAGGUGAAAUAUUUGGGGGACUAUUUUCAGGGUUUAGAAGGAAGCCUGUUCAUUACCAGUUCCAACAGCAGUAUCAACAACAACAUUCGGAUCAAUGGCCAAUGCAAGAGAGUUAUGUGAUUCGAGAUGAAGAUGGGCCUCCGUCCCUAGAAACAAGAACCCCGUCAUCAAAGAAAACCUAUCCAUUUAUGACCAAGGACCUAGAGAAGCACCCCAAAAUGAAGCACCACAAUGGCUGGGAUGACGAUUAUCUUCACCAGCAGCAGCAACAGAAGCAGAUUCAGAUGCAUAUGCAAAUGCAAAUGCAAAUGCAGCAGCACCAAAGACAGCAGCAGCAUCAUAGGCACCAUACAUCUAACCCCAAAACAUAUUACGAAAAGAGCGGCGAAACAAAUGAGAUUGUAUUCGGGGCAGUUCAAGAACAGGAUGGCCGGCGUGAAGCUGUAGUGAUAAAAGCUGUUGACUACUCAGAUCCUGGAUACAAUCACCAUAACCUUCGACCUCGAUUCAACUAUGUUGGUUAUUCUCAUGGGUAUUAAAUUAAUGAUUUAACAAUAGUAAUGGUGGGGAAAUAUGCUAAGUUUUGCAUGUAGUCUAAGUAUAAGCUCGGUUCUAUAAUGAAAGCUUCAAAAUAGGUGCCCGAGGACAUUAGCUUUUCGAAGUGGUGAUCUGAAGCGAGAGAUCGAAGAACUAAAACCGGAAUAUCCGGUCAUCUAUUACAUCUGAGUCUGGAAAGUAGAUUUAGGAACAUAAGCUUGUUUCUAUUUCAUUUGUUUAUUUAUUUUUUCUUUUUUUAUCUUGUUCCUAUCAUGUAUUAUUCUAUAGCAGAAAUUUAGUAUUAAAAUGUUUAAGCACUAGUGAAAAAUGUAUGCUCAAGAGAAUCAAAUGGUUGCUGAUAUAUUAUUACAUAGUAA